GAGAGGGACUUUGGACGUCGCCCUGGAGUGAUAGCAUAAGGGGGAAUGACUUCAACUGGGAAAAAAAAAAAAAAAAGAGGCAGGUUUAGAUUAGAUACGAGGAGGAAAUUCUUCCCUGCUAGUGGGGUGAGGCCCUGGCACAGGUUGCCCAGAGAAGCUGAGGCUGCUCCAUCCCUGGAAAUGUUCAAGGCCAGGUUGGAUGGGGCUCUGAGCCUAAGGGAAGGUGACCCUGCCCAUGGCGGGGUGUUGGAACAGCAGGUCCCUUCCAGCCCCAGUCGUUCCAGGAUUCCCCAUGUUUUGGCCAGCUCUGUAGUACAGUUUCCCAUUAAAUGGUUCACACACGAUGCCAAACCAUCCCUGGAAAUAUACCUUGUUUUUAUGUUCUUUCCUUUAGUUUUGGCUCCAGGUAAUCCCAGGGGUUCCCCAGAUGCUUGCCCUUGGGAAGAAGCAUCCUGCCACAACAGCCUUGCCCAUCCUUUAUCUCAUCUUAAGGCAUUAAAGCCUCUAGGUCAAAUCUGUCAAGCAGCCUGGGAAAUGUUCUGGCUGAAGGGAUGGCAAAUUCCUCCCCUCACCCCGUUCAGUUGUGACUUGGGGCAGUCAGUGCCGUUCAUCCCCGUGCCAGAGGCUCUGGUUCCAUCAGUGGGCUGACAGGGAGGGCAGUGAAAUGGCACGACAAGAUGGAUGUAAUUGUCACCCUGUGUUUGUUUGCAUGGCCAGGUUUUGGUCGGGGUCGGGGGGUCUGGGGUGGCUUCUGUGGGAAGAUAGCAGGAGGCUCCUCCAUGUCCAGCAGAGCCAGUGGCAGACAGCUCCAGGACAGACGAGUUGCUGGCCAAGGCCAAACCCUUCAGCCACAGUGGUAACGCCUCUGUGAUAACGUAUUUAAGAAGAAAACAAAAAAGUUAUUGUGCAGAUGCAAUUGCAGCCAGAGAAGAGUUGAGUGAGAAUACGUGAGGGGAAUAGCUCAGCAGACACCAAGGUCAGUGCAGAAGGAGGGGGAGGAGGUGCUCCAGGCAGUGGAGCUGAGAUUCUCAUGCAGCCCAUGGUGAGCCAGCUGUGCCCUCGAAGCCCAUGGAGGGCAUGGGAAUGCAGAGAUCCACCUGCAGUCCCAGGGGGAGCCCAUGCUGGAGCAGGUGGAUUCCUGAGAAGAGGCUGUGAACCCAUGGGAUGCCUGUGCUGGAGCAGGUCCUGGCAGGAACCUGCAGACCCGUGGAGAGAAGAGCUCAUGCUAAAGCAGUUUUCCCAGCAGGACUUGUGACCCUAUGGAGGGCCCAAGCUGGGGCAAGCUGUGCCUGAAGGACUGCACCCCAUGGAAGAGUGAUCCAUGUUGCAGCAGUUUGUGGAGAACUGUUGCCCAGGAGAUGGACUCACGUUGGAGAAGUUCAUGGAGAGCUGUCUCCCAUGGGAGGGACCCCAUGCUGGAGCAGGGGAAGGACUCCAACUCUUCUCCCUGAGUCACAGCAGGGAAAACAUGUGAUGAACUGACCAAAACCCCCAUUCCCUGCCUCCCUGCACUGCUGAGCAGGAGGAGGUAGAGCUGGGAAGAAGGGAGUGGUGGAGGAAAGAGAGUAGUGAUAGAGUGGCUUUGGUGGAUGUGAGGCAUCCAGCCAGGGUCAACUCACCACACACACAGAAGAGAAGGCAGCAGGGUUUGCUCUUACUGACAAAAGCUGAUUUAUUUGGAUGAAGGAUCAGAUCUCCUGAACAUGACAGCUCAUCAUUGUCCAGUUGCAAAGGAUCUUGGAGCAGCAUCUCCAGCUGGAGCAGGAGAGAUUCCACAAGCUUAUGUCCCCUAGUCCUGCCCAAUCACAUCCCAUAUAAGUGGUUAUUAAUUACUUUAAACUACCUACACAACAUCUCUGAACUAUCUUAAAUGUGUAUAUUCCACUGUUGCAAAUGGUCUGUGCAGUUUAAGUGGUGCUGCAGCAGGAACCAGGUGGAGAGGCUAUGGGAUCAUAGAGUCAGAGAAUCAUUUAGACAGGAAAAGACCACUAAGACCACCAAGUACAAUCCAUCCAUCAUCCAUCAGAUCCCCAGACCCUCCCUACAGGGUGGGGACACUUGGAAACAUGCAGGUCAUGGUUCUCCAUUGGUUUUAGGUGCAAAAGGAGCUCCUGGGGGUGAUUCUAUGAUUCAGUGAUCCUCAGACCUGUCCCAAAGCUCCUGAAUCCAGCAGUCAGAUGCUUCCCUGGGAGUUCAGUCCAUCAGUUGGUUCAGUCUCUACUGCAGGAAAGAGCUGGGGAGUACCUGGGCCACCCUGGGGCUGGAUAUUGACCUGCAGUGUGUGUGCCUGGGCACGGCCCUGGCUCCCAGCCACACCAAAGGCACACCCAGGGGCAAAACUGAAUUUUAUCAUAGGAUCACAGAGCCAUAGUUUGGGCUGGAAAGGAUGUUAAAGACCUUCUAGUUCCAACCCCCCUGAACAAGUAGGGAUGCCUUACACUAGACCAGGUUGCUUAGAAGCCCAUGCAGCCUAUCCAUGAAUGCUUCCAGGAAUGGGGCAGGGAUUAUCCUUCUAUCACACUUUAAUAUUAUAGGUGCUCUUAGAGCAGACUCUGAGGAAAGGGGUCAUUCUGGUCAGCCCUGGAGGAUUUUUCCCAGUGGUCCUGGGGGGUUUCUAGGUUUCUCAGGCUGUUCUUGUGGCCAAGGAACACUUGUCUGUCCUGGCUGCUCCAUCCUCAAGUCCUCAAGGGACAUUCACCUGUCCUGACUGCUCCAUCCCCAACCCUGGCAUUGCAUGAACUAAGGCCAACAAACUGCACUGUGCAGAGUCAGCGAGUCCAGCCUCGCCUGCCUGACCUUGGGCAAGGGGAGGGACAGGCCUGGGAUCCCAAGAGGGAGGGAGGUGGUGGGAGAGAGUGUCGCACUGCAAGGACAGGGAUAGUGCUGGCCCUGAAAACCAAAAGGCUCAGGUUUGGUAGAGCAGGGAAGGUACAUAAAGCAGCACUCUAGACACCUAGCCCAGGGCAUUCCCUGCCUGGGCAGGACACUUGGCUCCCUUUGCAUCAUUCCACAGCCAGCAGGAAAAGUGGAUCAUGGGUAUGGACCAGAGCCAAGAGAUUGAGGUGCAGGCAGAGAAUUUCUGAGAGCCACGAGCUGAUGCAAGUCCUCAUGGGAACAUGUGAGAUAACCAAGUAGCAAAAGGCACUGGCAGAGUCCAGGCGAGAGCAGUGCAGCCACAGCCAGGGCAGCAUGGCAGGGCUCCACGUCCGCUCCCUUCUGGUGACUGGAGCCAACCGAGGCAUCGGCCUGGGGCUCGUCCAGCAUUUCCUGAGGAUGCCAAACCCACCACAGUGGAUCUUUGCAAGCUGUCGGGACCCCAAGGGACAGAGAGCACAGGAGUUACAGAAUUUGGCCUCCAAGCACUCCAACGUCAUCAUCAUCCCGCUCGAAGUCGCUGAGCCCACCAGCAUCAAGGCAGCUGCAGCCAAGGUUGGGGAGCACCUGGGGGGCUCCGGGCUGAACCUCCUCAUCAACAAUGCUGGAAUUGUGAAGCUGAACACACUUGAUACUGAAACAUUAGAGGACAUGAGGGAGAUUUACACCACCAACACGGUUGGACCCCUGCUGAUGGGCCAGGCAUUUCUGCCCUUGCUGAAGAAGGCUGCCCAGGGGAGCCCAGGCUCAGGGCUGAGCUGCAGCAAGGCUGCCAUCGUCAACAUGUCCAGCAUUGGCGGCUCCAUCACUUCUUCCUUUGACUGGGAGUUGAUACAAAUCACCUCGUACCGCUGCAGCAAGGCUGCUCUGAACAUGCUGAGCAGGUGCCAGUCCCUGGCGUACAAGGAGCACGGCAUCCUCUGCAUCGCUCUCCACCCCGGCUGGGUGCAAACUGACAUGGGCAGCUCUGCCGGGCACACGCCCCCUGUGACAGUGGAUGACAGCGUGCAAGGGAUGCUGAAGGUCCUCUCCUCCCUCUCUGAGAAGGACACCGGCGCCUUCCUGGACUGGGAAGGGAACGUCAUACCCUGGUGAGACGCCACUUCAGGAUCCUGGCAGCCAAGAGCUACCUUUGGCACUGCUCCCACCUCCCCCACAUCCUCAAUAAACUCCUGCUGAGACCCCCA